GUGUCGUCAGCGAGGGCAGAUGGGCGGGCUCUCACUUGGAGUGGCGGCCUGUGGAGCCAUUCCGAGUGCAAGCAGCAGGAGAAUGAUGCCGGAAGGAGCCAAUCUGCCGGAGUGGCUACUGCGGAGGGUGGGCCAGACCGGUCGGUGAGCUGCGGGUGUUGGCUGCAGUUCCUCAGGCUUAGAAUGGAAAGAGUGAAUACGUUGAGAUUGUCUGGCCAUGGGAAGGAGAAGAUGCCUGCUCCAAGGGUGCCAGUGCUGGCAGCAAGAUCACUGGAUCUCUUCUCUUCCAGGAGACAUGGAGGUCUAUUUUGGUUGGAGCUACCUGACUAGAUAAAGUAUAGAUCAGUCUGCUGAUCAGUGUGAAAGUACCUUACAUGAAGAAGACUGCCUGAUGGUUUAGUUUGCUAAAUAUAUCGUGAAUAUAUCGUGUCAUCAGAUGAGCCUUUUCAGAAAAUUAAAAACCAAAACCAGUAUUUUCUUGUUUCUGGGUUUUGCUUGGAAUAUUUUGUCCCCUGUCAAUUCAGGUGGGCCAUCAUCUGUUGCUGAUUUUAACUGGAAUUGUGGAAGCAAAACCCUGGAAUACAAAAAAAAUUGGAAUGUUUCUUUAAGCUUUAAAAUAGGCAAUCUUGACUCAGAUUUGCAGUAAGGGCAGUUUAUGCAUCUGCAAUAUAUAAAUAGCUCUUUAAAUAGGUAUACUCAUAUUUAAAGUUUCUUUACAUUGACAAAGUGGUAUAAAAUAUUUUAAUUGUAAAAAACAGUUCAAACCAAUUUACCAUAGAAAAAACCACACUUCAAUGUAGGGAUUUUCACCAGAAGAAAAACUUGGCUGCUGAAAAGGAGAUGGUCUUAAAUUUAAAUGUGUUCUAAAGCCAGUUAAUUUACUCCACUGUAAAUGAAACUUAGAGAGGGCAAACACAAAGCUUCCUAACAAGACUAGCAGUACAUGACAAAAUCAGUUUCAAGUGACUUAAGCACUCAAAGGUGUACUGUCACCAAACCGUCUCUAAAUGACCCUGUUUGGUAAACCCCAGCAAUCCUGUUAUUCAGCCAGGCUCUUGGUGUUGUUUGUAUUCCAUUAUUGCAGUCCAGAGUGCCUCAUGGGAAUCCAGUUAGGAUGCAGUCUAAUAGCCUGUGUCUUCCUUCCACGACAAGAUGUAGAGUGAUCAGCCUUUAGGAAUGUAAAAUAUGAAUAGAUUGAAGAAAACAUGGCCAAUCAACGGGAUUACAUUAGCAGACCUAUUUGCAAUGGAAUUUCUGUUCCUGAAAAUAAAAUCAAUUCCUUAGUGGCUGAAGGUCAUGGACAACAAAUUCUAAAAGUACUACAAAAGUUCAGAGAACAAAAUAUAUUUUUUGAUUUUAAGAUUCGUGUGAAAGAUGAAAUAAUUCCCUGUCAUCGUUGUGUACUGGCAGCAUGCAGUGAUUUUUUCAGAGCCAUGUUUGAAGUUAAUAUGAAAGAACGGGAUGAUGGCAAUGUUACUAUUAGUAACCUAUCACCCAAGGCAGUGAAAGCUUUUCUUGAUUAUGCUUACACAGGAAAAACGGAGAUAACAAAUGAUAAUGUGGAAAUGCUCUUCCAACUGUCGUCAUUUCUUCAAGUUUCACUCCUUUCCAAAGCUUGUAGUGACUUUCUAAUAAAAAGUAUUGAUCUUGUGAAUUGCUUACAGUUGCUUUCUCUGUCAGAAAGUUAUGGGUCUGUCCGCUUGUUUGAUCAUGCACUAGAUUUUGUACAACACCACUUUUCAUUGCUGCUCAGAUCGAGUGACUUCUUGGAGAUGAAUUUUGAGAUAUUACAAAAAUGUCUCGAGGCUGAUGAACUAGAUGUCCCUGAGGAAGAAUCAGUGUUGAAAGCUGUCCUCCAGUGGACCAAACACAACUUAGAAACACGGCAGAAAUACCUGCCUAAUUUGAUUAAAAAAGUGAGAUUACACCAGUUACCUGAAAAGACUUUGCAGGACUUUCUGCAUUCUGAAGAACAUUUACUUAAGAGUGCUAAUUGCUCAGUAAUAAUCAAUGAUGCAGUUAAAAGUGUGCAGAACUUCAGUGGAUUGUUUCCAGAUGCACGUCCUUCAACAACAGAAAAAUAUAUAUUUGUUCAUAAAACUGAUGAAGAUGGAGAAAACAGACAUACGUUCUGCUACAACAUCAAAACAGAUAAAUGGAAAGAACUACCACAUACGCACAUGAUUGAUCUGCCAGGGUCAAGUUUGUCUAGCUAUGGAGAAAAAAUAUUUAUAACUGGAGGAUGCAAGGGUAAUUGUUAUAGGACUGUCAGGCUUCAUAUUGCUGAACCGUUUCAUGAUGCCACUGACCAAACCUGGUGCUACUGUCCAGUCAGCAAUGAAUUCUCCAUAGUGUCAGCUAUGAAAAAACCGAGGACAAUGCACACAUCUGUUGUAACCUUAAAUCAGCUCUUUGUAAUAGGUGGAAAGACCAGAGGAGCUCAAGAAACUCGGAGUCUUUUGGAUGUAGAAUCCUAUAACCCUCUUUCCAAAGACUGGAAAUCUGUAAGCCAGUUACCAAGAGGUAUCUACUAUCCAGAAGCAAGUGCAUGCCAGAAUAUAAUUUAUGUCCUUGGCUCAGAAGUAGAGAUUACUGAUGCCUUUAAUCCAUCCCUUGACUGUUUCUUUAAGUAUAAUGCUAUGACUGAUCAGUGGUCUGAGCUUGUUGCAGAAUUUGGGCAGUUUUUCCAUGCAACUCUAAUCAAAGCUGUUCCGGUGAACUGUACAUUGUACAUAUGUGAUCUCUCCACCUACAAGGUUUACAGUUUUUGCCCAGAAACCUGUGUUUGGAAAGGGGAAGGAUCUUUUGAAUGCGCUGGCUUUAAUGCAGGGGCAGUUGGGACAGAAGACAAAAUUUAUAUACUAGGUGGUGAUUAUGCUCCAGAAGAAAUCACAGAUGAAGUUCAAGUCUACCACAGUAGUAGGUCUGAGUGGGAAGAAGUUUCCCCAAUGCCAAGAGCCUUAACUGAGUUUUACUGUCAGGUCAUUCAGUUUAAUAAAUAUAGGGACCCCUGGUCACCGGUACUGACGAUUUGCUCUGGAGAAUUUUGAAACUCCCAAGUCAGAAGAGUCUAUUUAAAUGCACAAGUUGUAGAACAGUUUUUAAGUAUUAGUUUACAGAUUUGAGAAAUAUAUACUCAUUUGUUUAAAUUUUCAGUUUAGAUUCAAUGCUGUAGGAUUGCUCUUGGAAGGCUCCAUUAAAAUGUCGUUCACGUUAGUCGUUAUACAGACAGUAUUAUAUGCUUAAUUUUAUAUACAACUCUUCUCUGUAAUUGUCAGAAUAAUUUUCAAAAUAAUACUAAUUUUCCAGAAAGAAUAUUCAUGAGGAAUUAGUUGUGUAAUAUGUGUCAUUAUUUCUGUAAUAUUCAGUUGUCCCAACAGACAAAUUCUAAAUGAGAAAACUGACUGUGAUACUGUUUUCCCUAUGUAACUGAAGUUUAAAAGACAUUUGCAUUAGUGUUAUUUAGAUUUUCUAUGUUCAUAAACCUGUAAGAGGAAUUCAUUGUCAGCUUUAUCUUAUCACAAUGACCUUAGCAAGGACAAGAGCCAAAGUGACCUUCACAGUAUUAAAACCAGGUAUCUAACUUGAAGAGAUUGAUAAUUCCUGUCAUCUUACUUCAGCUCUUCAGUUUUACCAGUUUUUCUCCAUCCUUGUGCCUUAGUAGUAGCUUUAUUUUCUGUUUCCAUGGCAUUAACUGUGGCAAAGUAAACUUCAAUAACAUACUGCAGGGUAGGUCAGAUUUCUACAGAUGAAAGAUGAUUCAUGUGAUAUCUUUGCUUCAGUCAUGUUGCUAACUAAAGAAAAAACACUUCAGGAUGUUUUUUAACAGAAGUCUUCAUCUCCGAAGUCUUCAGUGCUACCUACUAAGCAGUCACUAGGCUGCUUAUAGCAGCAAGCUGUAAACUGAAUUGUAGCUGUUGCUUCCGUUAAUUAUGGGAAAAGUUUGUAUCUUGUCAUACAUCAAAUACAAAGUUACAAAACUACACCCCCCCCCAUAUUAAAAGUCAAUAGUAAAUAGUAUUUCUGAGGUGAGAAAUCAUCUCUCGUGGUUUAAAUUAAAUAAAACACUUUAUCUUGAACUUCAUUGUAUUUUAGAUGUUAAAAUAUUACGCAGUAAAUAUAUUGCUUGAUAAACUUUAAGUAGUCAGCUAUGAUAAUGUUAAAAUUGUAAUGGACUUUUAGUGCUAAUGUUAGUCUAGCCAUACGUUCUGAAGUAAAUUUGAUCUCUUGCUUACAAAGUCAGUCUUCUUUCUGACAGGAGGACACUGAAAUUAGGUAGGUUUCAUAAAUUAAUUUGUAAUCUUCCACAGCCUGAGAACUUCCUUUCUUACCGGGUAUUGAGAUAAGACAUUGAGAGCCCUUAUGUUCCAUAUAAGUGUUGUGAAAGCAGUAAGGUUGUUUUCUGCCAGACAGAAUAAUGGUUCUAAACAUUUAAUCACAUCUUUUCAAGCAGUUUAAAUAAUGAAUAAAAUUUAGUGAGGCAUCAGAGACAUCUUUCAUGUGUCUUGAGACAACUGUGGUAAGUUCAUUAUCACAUCACUACUGCAUGUACUUUUUGUAAAACCCAAGCUGAAUAUUAAUGCUUAAAGCUUAAUAUUGCCUAGAACAGGCUUCUGUUUUAAACAGUGAACAAUGGAAGGUUCUAAUUCUGCGACUGACUCUGUAAUUUGUUAUCAUAUACCUUUACAAAUUUAGAUAACAUUUGUCAUAACAAUUUUCAUAUGUAUGUAAAAUAAAAUCGUGUACAUUUGGAGAAGAUGUUAAUAGAGCAGGACCCUUCCACUCAGUAAUUUCUGUAUAGUAAUAAGUGUGUCAGUUCUGUAGAAGUAAGUAGCUUGCUACAGUAUUUCAGGCAACUUCCACAUUUAUUAUGUUUUUUUUUCAUAAGUUUCCAAAUAAUAUUUUAACUAAUGUAGCUAGGUGACUUCUACAAUCACCUUGCAGAAAUGCAAGUAUUUUUAUAUUGGGACACAACUACUUUUUGUUAGUGCAAAGCAAAUGUAUUGAGUAGAGAGAGGAAGAAUACUAUUCCUACUUACUGAAACAAUAGGAAAAAACCAAACACAUAGGAAAAUGGUAGUUUUAGUUUUAUUGAAGUUACUCAGAGUAGCAUAGAGACUUCAUUAACCAUUAAUUGCAACUUGUCACAUCAUUGGAAUACAAGGCCCAAUUCACCUUUGCUUAUGUAUUUGUGUUGUGUUUUUAUACCUGAGUAAUAUGAGUAUACAAUUUAUGCAUUGAGAAAAGUAACAUAUUAUGCCCGUAGUACAUGGGUAUAAAUAGCUAUGCAAAUUGGAAGAGACUAGAGAAUUGCCAGGGUGUUUUAAUUGCCACUGUCAUGACCAGAUUGCUGGGUCACAUAAACAGCAAGCGAGUAAGUCAUUCAGGUGAUGCUCCUUCCUCUAAGUUUUUCCCUGCAGCAGAUCUGUUUGGCAGUCUUCCACCCAGCUACUUGCUAUAAGACUCUGGCAUCUGACAUCAGCCAGAGCAAUGACGUAUGUGAGAAAUUCCUCAGUACAGAGGAAUUAUAGACAGUGAAAACUGACUGAAGCUGAAUUGGGAAAAUAGACAUGCUUCUUUAAUAUUCUACACUAUACUUGUGCAGGAACUAAUGUCAGUUCCCAGUCUGAAAAAUCAUUCAUGGGUUUCACAGGGAGUUGAGCUCUUACUCAGUGAUCAGGAAAUAAUGUAGCAAUAUCAGUUACUUUCUAGCAUUGCUUACAGAAAAGUUACUGUGAAAUGGUACUGAUUUUCUGCAGUUAUGCAGGUAAACCUGUACUACAGCUCUCACAGAAAGAAAAUGGAUCAUUUGCCACAUUUCCACAUACAAAGUAUUAAAUCAGGUAGAACUGAAUGCAGAAGAAGCAGAAGUGUUAGAAAGUCAUGUUUAAAAACAAGGCUUUAUCAUAGAAGAAAGGACCUAUGUUCCAAACCGUGUGAUUAAUUGCUAAAGAUGUAAGAAAUCUCAGUGAACUACACAAAAAUGAAUUACUUGCUUGAGUAAUUCAGUUGUACAUCCAGUUGUAGUCUGGAUCAAACAGAUUUUUCAGUCUACAGACCAUUUAUGCAAUUAAAAACAAAAGUCACAAAAUUAUUGCAAAGUGAUUUUUUAAAAUAUCUUUUAUGACUUUUCAAAGCUCUUUGAAUCAAAGCUUUAUGAAAAAGUACCUUCCUCUAAAAAUAGUACCUAGAUUAACGAUUACGUAUGUUCUCACUGAAAUAGAGUGAUGUUUAAACAUACAAAAUGCAUGUAAAAUUAUAAUCUACUAUUUGCACUUAAAUGAUGUAACCAAAACAUUUCUAAUAGUAUUCUAUUUUAUGUCACAAAAUACAUUAUAAGCAUGACCAGUAUAAUAUACACGAAGAUAAUAUAUAUUGUAUGUGGGAUUUUAAUAUCCAGUGAUGAUUAUAUUGGAUAAUCCUAAUUUUUAAAGAAUGCUAUCAAAACAUUAUGGCACUUUGCUAAUGUUAUCAUACUGGUUUAGUUGUUAUAAUAAAUAUCAAUUAUUCAGGUGUUUUAUUGAUUAUGUUUGCACAGACUUAAUGAUUAUUAUUUAAGGACUAAUUAAUUUGUUUUCUAUACUCUAAAUACAUUUGUAGUAAGUCAGUUUACUGCUGUUAAAAAUUUGUUAUAUACACUAAAUGGAGUAGAUUUUCUGGGUCAGAUUUAUUUAUGGUAUUACUCUGUGAAGAAAACUGUUUACCUCCUCUGGUUAGUAUAGGGUAGUAGGUAAGGUAUAGGCUAUAGAAUGUGCUGACUGCAGUUCCUAAUGUGGAGAUUAAAUUUUAGAUGCUUCUGUUUGUAAGUGACCAACAGGAGGCAGCAUAAGAUCUAUUUUAAUUAAAACAGACUGGAAACAGGAAUGUAUUUGACAAUAUUUAUAGUUGAACAUUAUGCUCAAUUUACUUUUUUCCUUCUAACACCCAGUAAAGCAUAGAGAACAGUAACAUUUCGCUGCUGCCUGAGCUCUGCGGGUAUGUGGAAAGUACGAUACUACACAUUUGCUGAGAUGUUCAUUCUUUUGUGAAAUAAAGCACUGAGCAACUGAA